UACAAUCUGCAAUUUCUUCUCAGACCCAACCUCCCUUCCAAGUUCCAAUCAUGGCUUUUUACAUCUUCAAAAUCAAACAUUUCCCAUUUCCAAAGCCCCUAAUCCUCUUUUGUCUCUUCAUGGUCACCAGUUUCUUCUCCCCACUACGGCAAUUUACAAGUGCUUUAUCCUUCAACUUCACUAGUUUCAAUCCUGGUGACUCCAAUAUAACAUAUGAAACAGCUUUGGCUGAAGACUCAGCCAUCCAACUCACCGACAUCUCAUUUUUGGACAGAUCAGAAGUUGUAGGUAGAGCCACGUAUUCCAGUCCCAUGCACCUGUGGGACAAGGCAUCUGGAAACCUCACAGAUUUCACUACCCACUUUACCUUUGCAAUUUAUUCUCAAAAUGGAAAUAGUGUAAAUAGUAUUGGAGGUGGGCUUGCGUUCUUCCUAGCACCUCAUGGUUCAAAAAUUCCUAAUAAUGUCAACCAAGGUGCCGGCCUGGGUCUUGCUAGGGAUGACCAGCUACUAAACUCGACCGACAAUCCUUUUGUCGCGGUGGAGUUUGACAUCUAUUCGGACCAACCAUGGGAUUCGCCAGGCGAACAUGUAGGUAUUGAUAUAAACUCCAUGAAAUCUAUUGCUUAUAGAGAUGAUUCUUAUUUUCUUGAUGGGAAUUCCAUUGAAGCUUGGAUUAAUUAUAAUUCCAGUUCUCAUAAUUUGAAUGUUCAGUUGAGGCCUUAUGAUGACUUACCCUGGAAAUCCCUUUCUUAUAAUGUGGAUUUGAGACAUUACCUACCUGAAUGGGUAACUUUUGGAUUCUCAGCCGCAACAGGAAAUGCUUCUAUAAUGCAUGCCAUUCGCACAUGGAAUUUUAGUUCAACUUUGGAAGAUAACGUAGCCAAACCAACAGUGGCAGGCAGUCCAAGCCCAAAUUCGGCCCCUGACCGAAGGAAAAACAAGAGGUUAGGAUUAUCCGUGGGGUUGGGUGGUGGUGGAUCUUUUUUGCUUGGUGGGUUUGCUUUAAUUCUAUUUGGCUUUUGGAAGAGGAAUAAGAGGGAAACAGAAGAGCAUCUCGCCUUUGAUAGGAGCAUGGAUGAUGAAUUUCAAAGGGAAACAGGACCCAACAAGUUUUCAUUUAACGAAUUGGCUCAUGCCACUAAUAAUUUCAAUGAUGAAGAAAAGCUAGGCCAGGGAGGAUUUGGUGGGGUUUACAAAGGAUUUUUAAGGGAGUCGAACUCCUUCGUUGCGGUUAAGAGGGUAUCAAAAGGGUCUAAACAGGGGAUGAAGGAGUAUGCUUCAGAAGUAAAAAUUAUUAGUAGAUUGAGACAUAGGAAUUUGGUGCAACUCAUUGGCUGGUGCCAUGAAAGAGGAGAACUCUUACUUGUCUAUGAGUUCAUGCCCAAUGGAAGCUUAGAUUCACAUCUUUUUACUGAAAAAAUCUUAUUGAUAUGGGCAAUAAGGUACAAAGUUGCUCAAGGAUUGGCAUCAGCAUUGCUUUACUUGCAUGAGGAAUGGGAACAAUGUGUGGUGCAUAGGGAUAUAAAAUCAAGCAACAUUAUGCUUGAUUCAAACUUUAAUACUAAACUUGGGGAUUUUGGGCUAGCUAGGCUUGUGGACCAUGUGAAAGGGUCACAAACAACUGUAUUGGCGGGCACAAUGGGCUACAUGGCUCCUGAAUGUGUCACAACCGGUAAGGCCAGCAAGGAGUCAGAUGUUUAUAGUUUCGGAAUUGUUGCUCUAGAGAUUGCUUGUGGAAGAAAACCAAUCAAGAUCAAUGCCCUUGAAGAUCAAGUAGUCAUGGUGGAGUGGGUUCGGAAGCUCUAUGGAAUAGGAAAGGUACUUGAAGCAGCUGAUCCAAGGCUGGGGGGAGAUUUUCAUGAGCCCCAAAUGGAGCGCUUGAUGAUUGUUGGGCUUUGGUGCUCUCACCCUAAUCGAAACCUUAGGCCUUCAAUAAGGGAAGCAAUUCAUGUUCUCAAUUUUGAGGCUCCAUUGCCUAUUCUCCCAUCAAAUAUGCCAGGAACAGCACAUCUUGCUCCAGUAGUGAAUAGACCAACUUCAAUGUCACUCUCUAUGUCUAAUAUUGCUUCUGAUUAUGGGGGAAGAUAGAAUCCAUGUUCAAGGAAAUAGUCACACAAAUUUCUCACUAUCUGCCUCAUACACUGCAGCUCCUCCAUUUGCAUCACUUUUUCGUACAAGCUAAAUUUGUCGACGGUAAUUUAGAAUUCUUAUGGUUUGAUUAGGUGUUCAAUUUUAUACCCUACAUUAUCACUUCUUUGUGUUUCAUUUUACAUUUUAGUUUAAUCAAUGCUGAAAAUGUUUUAGAGUGUAAAUCAUAUACUCGUGUAUGUGCUUUCUACCCUAAAUAUUAAUUUCGUACGAUA